AUGCCGAUCCCACCCCGCCCCGUCCCAGCCCACAACACGCGCCACCGCCGCCCCGGCACCGCCAUCCCCCGCAAGUCGCUGUACGCGACGUCGCGCGCGGGCACGACACAGAGCCUCGUCGCCGACUCGCGCGCAGAGAUGGCCUACCUGCCCCCGUUCGCAUUCGGGCCGUCGAGCGCGCCAAACACGCUCAGCGGCAUCCGGCUCAUCUCGCGCACCGCGACGCCGGAGAGCAGCGCCGUCGCGGCCGCGCGCUCCGUCGGCGCCAGUCUCUCGCGCUCGCCGACGCCACCAGCCCCGGCAGCAGGAGCCAACGAGGUGCCGCUUGACGCCUUGAUCGACGGGCGCGGACGGCCCAAGCGUACCGGCGCAGCCGCGGCGCUCGGCUUCGACUUUGUCCCCCGCCCGCAGGUGCUCGCGCUCGACGCCGACCAGCCGACGACGCCGACGCCAGCGGCGGCGCCUGCGCCCGCCAGCCCGCGCCCCUCGCUGUGGCAGUGGCGCACGCCCGAGACUGCGCCGUCGACGCUUGGGGAGCGGCCGGACGGCGCACUCAGCUCGCCCCCGACGCCUGCGCUCGAGCCCGUGCAGCCCCUGUCUGAGGACGAGGAGGACGACUGGGAGCACGUCGACCACGAGGACGACGCGGCCGUCAUUGUUGGCGAGCUCGAGCUCGAGGACACGACGACCACGACGUCGUCCGACGCAGACGGAGACCGCGACAAGACGGUCGGCCACGAGUCGUACGCUGAUGCCGUGCGCGCCUGA